GCGGGGCGGGAGCCGAGCGGGGAGAAGGGAGCCGCGAGCAGCACGCAGGCGGCAGGCACGGUCUGCGCGAGGAGCAGGCGAGCGGGAAGGCGAGACGCAGCCACCUUCCUCACCAGCCAGCCCACAGAGGUUUGUUCCCAUCCUCGGGAGUGCGCCAAUGCCCGGGCCGACCCAAACCCUGUCCCCAAAUGGCGAGAACAACAACGACAUCAUCCAGGAUAACGGGACCAUCAUCCCUUUCCGGAAGCACACAGUGCGCGGGGAGCGUUCCUACAGCUGGGGAAUGGCGGUCAAUGUGUAUUCUACCUCGAUAACCCAAGAGACUAUGAGCAGACAUGACAUCAUUGCAUGGGUUAAUGACAUAGUAUCUUUAAACUACACGAAGGUGGAGCAGCUUUGUUCAGGAGCAGCCUACUGCCAGUUCAUGGACAUGCUGUUUCCAGGCUGCAUUAGUUUGAAGAAAGUAAAAUUUCAAGCAAAGCUGGAGCAUGAGUAUAUUCACAAUUUCAAACUUCUGCAAGCAUCAUUUAAGCGCAUGAAUGUUGAUAAGGUGAUUCCAGUGGAGAAGCUAGUGAAAGGGCGUUUCCAGGACAACCUGGAUUUUAUUCAGUGGUUUAAGAAAUUCUAUGAUGCUAACUAUGAUGGGAAGGAGUAUGAUCCCGUAGAAGCACGACAAGGGCAAGAUGCAAUUCCUCCUCCUGACCCUGGCGAACAGAUCUUCAACCUGCCCAAGAAGUCUCACCAUGCAAACUCCCCUACCGCAGGUGCAGCUAAAUCAAGUCCGGCAUCUAAACCAGGAUCCACACCUUCUCGUCCCUCAUCAGCCAAAAGGGCUUCAUCUAGCAGCUCAGCAUCCAAAUCUGAUAAAGAUUUAGAAACACAAGUCAUACAGCUUAAUGAACAGGUACAUUCGUUAAAACUUGCCCUUGAAGGCGUGGAAAAGGAAAGGGAUUUCUACUUUGGAAAGCUGAGAGAGAUUGAGCUGCUCUGCCAGGAGCACGGGCAGGAAAACGAUGACCUCGUGCAACGACUAAUGGAAGUCCUGUAUGCUUCGGAAGAACACGAGGGCCACCCGGAGGAGCCGGAAGCAGAGGAACAAGUCCACGAACAGCAGCCCCCGCAGCAGGAAGAGUACUGAACCGUCUCGGCAGCUCUCCACACUUCCGUUUUGGUGGGAACUUUUCUUCUGGAGAAUUGGAACACGUGUGGCCUCAAGCUCAUCAGAAACCAAUUGUUCCCAGUCUGCUGUUCCAUCGACGCGCCAGCGCCCGCGCCAACCACCGCGCUCGGUUCCCAUUUCCUUUGCCAAGACACACUAGCAGCGGCCGUGGGCGGCCUCCCUGAGACAUCACGGGGUCACAUACCUUCAACUUCACCACUUGGCUGCUUGAGAUUGGUUCUGUUCUUUGCGUUUCUUUCCAGAACAACUCUCCCCACCCCCGCCACCACCCCCACCACCCCCUUUUUAUCCUGGUGUGAAACAUUGGUAAUUUGAUAUAUGGUAUUUAUAUUGGCAUUUCUCAACCCAGUGUCACUAGAUGUCACACACAUUUGUGGUGCUUUGAUGUUUGCAAGUCUAACCUCUGAACAUAAAUUUGGUCAAAUAAUAAAUUGGAACAAAGGGAAAGAGAUACUUGAUAUGAAAGCCAUAAUGACAGUGACUUGUUUCAUGGGGAAAACACAAAGUCAGUUUCUCCCUCUACUCACAAAAAGGGAAAAAAAAAGGAAUCGAAACUAGGACUUCAGGGCCCGGCAGUGUCCACACAUCAGCAUGUUAGACAACCACACAUUUCGUUGUUAGGUUUGAAAGACACUCACUGAAGAAAAACACCAUCUCCACUUGGCCCUCUAACUGCCUGCCCUUUCUGUCCCCUCCCCCACCCAGGUUCUGUUUUCUUUCUCAGGGUCCUCUUUGGUGGGCAGCCAUUCUUCCAAAAGCUGUCAUCAGUUGUCUGCAGUUAGAGGGGGUCUGCAUGGGCACAGGUCCUGCCACCUCCUUGUGUGGGUUUCAGCCCAAAUCCUGCCAUCCACACUGGGAGAUUCCUACCAAGAAUGACUUCAGGGUGUGCAGCCCCGAGCAGCAGGGCUGUGCAUCGAGCCACACACCUGCUGGAAGGCUAGAACUGAAGACCUUACCAAUAGGAGCCUAAGCCCAAGGGAGAAUCCUGGUUCUAAAGUCUGGUAUUGACACUGGAAUGACAGCACAGAAAAAUCUCUCACUCCCAAUGCCUUCUGAAAUAAGGAACUUACCUUUUUAAUACCAUGACCCUCCUAGUCAUUGACCUUUGCUAAACCGUGGCAAGUCAUAAAUAGAGGAAUCAAUGAAUUAAAAGCAUUCCUUAUUUUUUUUAACUAAUAUUUGCACAUUUUCUUAGUAUCUUUCCAAAUCUUUGCCUCUUUUUUUCCCCCUUUGACAGAAGGUUUCCCUUCCUGGAUCAUUCAUUUCACUUGGUUUCUAACUUUAGGUUUUCUUUCACUUGUUAUUUGACUUAGCAGGUGCAACAAAAACAAAGUGUGCCCACCCCACUUUCCUCUUAACUGAAAAGCUUAAAAUAAAUUUCUGAAUUAUGUAUCAUAAA